AUGCAAGAAAAUAUUUGGUCCGGCCGUGUAUCAAAAAAAUGGGCUGCUAUGAAUAGUAUGCAUCAUACUUAUGGUCGCUCAAAAACAUUAAUCGUACAAUGUCUAACAACUCUUCAACAACAACUUCAAGAAGCAUCACAAGCAUUACAAGAGUUUGGCAAUCCAUCAUUACCUCAAUGUCUAUCUGAAAUGAAUCAUCCAUUAGAUUUUACCACAAUGUCACCAAUGGUCACAGCUGUUGUCGGAAAAGGUCAACAUAAAUUAAAGCAACAAUUUGAAUAUAAUAAAAAAAUUUUAAAAUUAGACUCAACAGAUCAUCGUUUAGUACAAUAUGUUUAUGAUUUGAAACCUAAUAAACAACAAAUUCGUUCUAUUCGUAAUAUAUGGAAAGCAAUUUAUAAUAAAAAAGCUUGUUAG